GAAGCGGUUGUGGGAAGGACCGGGAACCGCACAGACUCGUAGCCGCCCGAAAACGGGAGGCGCCAGCCCGUUGAGUUGUAGGUCAUGGCGCUGGCCGUCGGACUGCGGCGCCUCCUUCCCUUGAGACGCAGAGCCGCCCUGGGCUUUCGGCUCCGCACGGGGACUUCCAGCAGCCGCGGACAAGGCGGCCCCGGGCGAUUCCACGGCUCUGAGGUAAUGGGAAACCCAGGAACUCUCAAAAGAGGUCUUUUAGUCUCAGCUUUGUCUUAUUUGGGUUUUGAAACUUACCAAGUCAUUUCUCAGGCUGCUGUGGUUCAUGCUACGGCCAAAGAAGUUGAAGAAAUUCUUGAACAAGCAGACUACCUGUAUGAAAGUGGAGAAACAGAAAAACUUUAUCAGUUGCUAACCCAAUACAAGGAAAGUGAAGAUGCAGAGCUACUGUGGCGUUUGGCACGGGCAUCACGUGAUAUGGCUCAGCUUUGCAAAGCCUCAGAGGAAGAGAAAAAGCUGUUGGUGUAUGAAGCCCUAGAGUAUGCAAAAAGAGCACUAGAAAAAAAUGAAUCAAAUUUUGCAGUUCAUAAGUGGUAUGCCAUCUGCAUUAGCGAUGUUGGAGAUUAUGAAGGCAUCAAGGUUAAAAUUGGAAAUGCAUACAUUAUCAAGGAACAUUUUGAGAAAGCAAUUGAACUGAACCCUAAAGAUGCCACUUCGAUUCACCUAAUGGGUAUUUGGUGCUAUACGUUUGCUGAAAUGCCUUGGUAUCAAAGAAGAAUCGCCAAAAUACUAUUUGCAACUCCUCCUAGUUCCACCUAUGAAGAGGCCUUACGCUACUUUCACAGGGCAGAACAAGUGGAUCCAAACUUCUACAGCAAAAACUUGCUUCUUUUAGGAAAGACAUAUUUGAAACUACACAACAAAAAGCUUGCUGCUUUCUGGCUAAUGAAAGCCAAGGACUAUCCAGCACACACAGAAGAGGAUAAACAGGUACACACAGAAGCUGCUCAGUUGCUUACAGGUUUCAGUGAUAAGAAUUGAGAAGUUUUCAGAGAAGAGAAUAAUGAAACAUCUGAUGAAGAUUAUCUUUUCAUUGAAUUAUAAAUACAUUAGCCAUACCUGUUCUUUGGCUGUUUUUUCAGCUUUUAAUGUUGUGACUAUUUAACAGAUCUAAGUAUACAAAAUUCUAGGUUUCCUUACAAAUAAUAAGGUAAGAGAAAUAAUUGUCAUAUUGCCGUAAGAGUGGUAGAGAUAAA